AUGGGCUUGAUCAACAGGAUCAUCCAAAGCCUCGAAGUCACUCAUGAGCCCAAUCUCACGCUCACCGAGCAGCUCAUUACCAACGAAGAUUUGCUGCCUGUCGAACCAGAUAAACGAACAUGGCGCGGAUACAACUACGUUGCAUUCUGGAUAGCAGACAUGUUUAAUAUAAACAUGUGGGUGAUCGUAUCCUCCAUGAUACAACUAGGAAUGUCGUGGUGGCAAGCCUGGAUAUGCGUAUGGCUGGGUUACAGCAUUACCACGCCUUUCCUUGUCCUGAAUGCGCGUCCUGGGGCCAUUUUCCAUGUGACAUUCCCAAUCGUGAACCGUACGAGCUUCGGGAUGUUUGGGAGCCUGUGGUGUGUAUUUAAUCGCGCUGCUAUGGCAUGUAUAUGGUAUGGUGUUCAAGCUAGCCUGGGCGGUUCCUGUAUGCUCGUAAUGCUCAGAGCAAUUUGGCCUAGCAUAAACGACCUGCCAAAUUCAAUGCCCGCGUCCUCUGGGACAAACACUCGAGAUUUCUUGUGCUUCUUCCUCUUCUGGCUCAUUUCACUGCCGGUCAUUUGGUUUCCUGUGCACAAGGUCCGCCACUUCUUCCUCGUGAUGCCCAUCCUGAUGCCCAUAGCCUCAAUCACAUUCCUCAUAUGGUGCGUCGUGAAAGCUGACGGAAUCGGCCCAAUCGUACACCAACCUUCCACACUGCACGGAUCAAAGCUGGGCUGGGCUAUGGUAGUCAGUUCUAUGUCAUGCAUCAGCAAUAAGGUGACACUUGUCACAAACGCACCGGACUUCGCCUCCCGCGCUCGCACCCCAUCGGCCGCGCUAUACCCACAAUUGUUUACGUUUCCUCUAACUGCCUCGUUUGUGUGUUUGAUCGGAAUCCUCGUGAGCUCGUCAUCGCAGGCAAUUUACGGGAUCGCCAUCUGGUCGCCCAUUGAACUCCUGGGAAAUUUCUUGAAUGACAAUCCAUCGAAAGCCUCAAGAUUCGGGGUAUGGUUUAUCUCGGCGUCAUUCAUGCUUGCACAGAUGGGCACGAAUAUCUCUGCGAACUCGGUGUCGGCAGGAUGCGAUCUGACCGCACUGUUCCCUCGUUUUAUUAAUAUCCGACGUGGCGGGUAUAUUGCUGCUACCGUCGGCCUCGCCAUGUGUCCAUGGAACAUCCUGAAAAACAGUAACGAGUUUACCUCUUACCUCUCUGCAUAUUCAGUAUUCCUAAGCUCCAUUGCUGGGGUAAUGGUGACGGAAUACUACAUUGUCCGCAAGGGUCAUUAUAACGUGAAGGACCUUUAUAAUACCGAGAAGGGCAGCUGGUACUGGUACACGUAUGGGAUUAACUUCCGGGCAUACGCCGCGUAUAUCGCCGGAAUCCUUAUCAAUGUUGUCGGUUUCGCUGGAGCUACUGGGCGGACAGUCCCUCUAGCAGCUACCCGGAUAUACGAGUUGUCGUUCUUUACGGGCUUUGGGGUUUCUUCAGUCGUCUAUUGGGCGCUAAACCGCGUAUUCCCCGUUGUCGGCGCUGCGGACAUGUUCAAGGAGAUCGACGUGUCUGGUUAUGAAUGUCAGGCAGGUGAUUCGCGGGAUGUUGAGGAAAUGGACAUAGAUUCGAAGGACGUGGGAUCAGAGACUGCGAGCGAAAGAUGAGAAGGAAAGCCAAGAGGAAACAAUGGCGAGAGGGUAAUGUCAUUGUUAAUUACCACAAAGGUAGUACACCUCGUCAUAUUUUGUUGGUUCACGAAAGCUUCUAGCUGCACUG